AUGGGCUGGAUUCGUAGCGCCGAAAGGACGUCUCUCAUAUACGCAGUCUCCAGUGUCGCAUUGCCGCUUACUAUACUCGCAUUCUUCCUAUGGCGUACCUUCGUUAGUAGCAAGAACACAACUGCAACACCGCUCGAUAUCAGUCGGUGGAGGUCUCAAAUAGAGACACCAAAGCCGAAGAUCUUCCCUUGCCAGACGACGCAUGCUCGUAUCUUCCCGAAACGCCAUGGCUUCGCAUACUCGUACCUCCAGUGUGGAUUUCCCAUCGUCUCAAGCGGAACGAAAUACAGCGGAAUAGAGUUUCCGAGUGGAGAAGAUCGAACUUUGGGUAGAUGGUGGCUACGUGUCAGAGCGGAGGACUAUCUGGAGCGAGGCGGUGGCGCUUUUGGUUUCUACUGGAAGCUGAGGACGUACCUGAGAGCUCAACAUGUCGAAGAUUCCGAAUGGGAAUAUGCCUACUUGGUGACGGCACCACGCUUCUUCGGCUACGCAUUCAACCCAGUCUCGUUCUGGUAUGUCUACGAUCGCGAGCAUGAGCUCAAGAAGAUGAUACUUGAAGUCAACAACACGUUCGGCGAAAGGCGCAUGUACCUGCUUGACGGAUCAAGCCCUUCCAGCCCGCCACGCACAUCAGACUCUGAGCAGACGUCUGGUUCGGAGGGCCAGGAAUCGCAAGUACCUGUCGAAGCGAAGUCCAAGUUUACCGAUGUCUGGAUGAAAGACUUCCAUGUCUCGCCGUUUAACUCUAGAAAGGGUUCGUAUGCGUUGAAGGCACAAAACCCUUUUCCGUGUGUUGAUUACAGGAACCCUAUGAUCGAUAAUACUAUCACACUCAAGUCUUCCAAGGAUCAUGGGAAGCUUGUAGCACGCCUUUACUCCACCGGAAAGGCUAUCGAUACUGACCAGUUGGGCCUCUUCGGAACUAUGCGGUUCAUUCUAAGCUGGUGGUGGGUAGGGUUCGUUACGUUCCCGCGCAUUAUCAGCGAAGCUUUCAAGAUCUUCUUCAAGAGAAAACUGCAUGUGUGGUUCCGACCAGAAGUCCUGACGUCGAGCGUUGGCCGGCUACCCACAUCCGCUGAGAUCACACUUUAUAAAGUGUUCAGGAACUACCUGCAUCGGCUCGUAGAAGAAGCGGAAGUAGAUUUUAACAUCACGUUCCAAGCCUCGAUUCCCAACGUUCCCACCAAUAUGGUUUGCCCGACACAUGUACCCGGUCGAACUCGGCCCAGAAAGAACAUGGAGAUCCGCGUGCUUACACCAGCAUUCUACUCGCGGCUAAUUCACUACACGUAUACUUCCGAGGCCAUCGACCGUGAGUGCGUCUUCACCGACGAACGGAAUAGAACUUUGUGGAUGUGUCGCCCGCAGCUUCUACCUCUGCUGCUUCCAGAGCGCUCGGCGAUGCGCCUCGAAGAGAAGGACACGCCGCCAACGAGAAGGAAUAGUCUUGACGAGUUGAGGUGGUGGUUGCUGAAAAAGUUGAGAUGUCCGCCAGCUGACCCUGCAUACUCGGUAACACCGCAAAGCUCCGCAGUGAACGUUGAUGAUAUCCGUGCCAGACCAUUUUCCGAGUUGGACAGGUACGUCAGGGGUUUCUUCGGGCAGCAGUACGCUUGUGAGUACAGAAGGACCGUUACGAAGCUUUUUCUAGCACAUCGGUUUUGUUUCGGAUUUCCGGAAAUAGUCGGCCUGGUGGAUUUGGUGAUCAGGGUUGUGUUGUGCUAUACUGCUGCACAACAGCUGAAGAGCUGGAGUGGGUCGUCGGCGGGCUUAUUUUCAGCCAAAUGCCUAGAAAACAUGGUAACAGGAAGGGAUUGGUCUGCAUACUCUGAUGCACUAGAAGUACGCCAGUUGGAUUUGUGGUGGUUGGUAAAGAGCGCCUUGUUGGUGUACUCAUGCCACGCGUACGAGUCGUUGAAGGGUUAUAGUUAG